GGCGGAUGAUGACAGCCGCAGGUGAAAUUCAGACUGUAUCGUUUUCAAGAAACAGCUAAGACUCUGAGGUCUGCUCUGUGACAUGGACUCAAAUGGAUCUUUACUCAAUCGCAGCCAAUCACUGGCGAGUGGUCUGGAGAAGACUUCUCCAAUGUGGAACAAGCCAGCUCUCUCUCAGAGCAGCAGCACUCUCUCAUCUCGCCACUCCAGACAGAUUAUCAAAGACUGGGAAGUGAUUGAUGACCUUCACACAGAAAUGCAAACAGGAAAUGAGCGUUCUAAGGAUAUGACUGCUCCAGGAAUCUGUGAAGGGUAUCUGCUCAAGAGGAGAAAGUGGCCUCUUAAAGGAUGGCACAAGAGAUACUUCACCCUGGAAGCGGGAAUCUUACGUUACUCCAAAAAUCAACAAGAUGUUUCCAAAGGACGAGUCCAAGGUUCACUGGACGUUAGCCUUGCUGUUAUGUCGAUAAAUAAAAAAUCGAAUCGGAUCGACUUGGAUGCAGGGGACAUCCUCUACCAUAUGAAGGCAAAGAGCCACGAUCUCUUCUACAUUUGGGUGACCAAGCUGCAAGCCCACCGCUUGUAUAAGAAAAAUGAGGCAGCUCAAGCUCAUGGUGGCCUCCAACAGACAUCGUCUCAUACCACUGCAGCUGGACAAGCUCAGCAAAAUGGAGAUUUGGGCUCUGCAGGAGUGACAGAUUCAGCUGGAGCAUCAGGGGUGCUACCCUCAGCCAACACUGCUGUGAACACUAAAGUGUCUGCAUGGCUGCAACAAAGUCACUACCCAGACACAUGCAUUCAAGAGUUGAACCGCUGUAACUUGGAUCUUUCUGAGCUAAACCGCUUAAUCCAGAGGCUCCAGGCACUGGAGGUCGGCCAGAGCUUCACAAAUGGAGACCUGCAACGCAUCAUCAGCAUACAGAACCUUUCACUUGAGAAACCAAAGAAGCCAAAGUCAGGAAAGAUGUGGGGUCACUCUCGCACACUGUCCAGAGUGGAGGCACUUGGAAUGCUGUCCUCCAGUCACCUGAGCAGCUCAUCCCACCUUGGAGCAUCAGUGCCCUCUAUUCCCGAUUAUGUCUAUUCUCAGCUGUCCCCUGCCACUGUUGUAUCACCCGAGGGCAAGAAAAUCCAGCAAGACAUCUGCGCCAUGUCACUACGAGUGCUUGCCUCGUUAAAGUCUGUGCAUGAAACUCUGUCUCUUGAGAGGCAGAAGAUGCAGGAAGUCUGGGAAACCAACAACAUCCACCAGUCUAACACAUUAGCUGUGCCUGUAACAUCCCAUGGGCCACCGUCAGUGGCAGAUUCAGCUGCAGAAUAUUUUGAUGCUAGCGAUGACAUCCUUUGCGGUAGCUCCUCUGAGGUGUCUGAUGAAUCUGGACUCAGUGAUGGAAGCACCACCAACUCAGAGCCAGAGGAAGGACAUGCAUCAGCAACUCGGAAAUACCGUGCAAGCAUUUCAAGAGCUCCUAACAGUGUUGUUCACAAGAGCACCGGGCGCCGAACAACACUGCCAGCUCACUGUCCUGACAACAGCCAUGUGGGCCUCAUGGCUAUCCUCUACAAUAACAUAGGUAAAGACUUGGCUCGGGUGUCCAUGCCGGCUGCUCUAAAUGAGCCUGUUAACCUGCUGCAGAGGUUGUGUGAAGAGCUAGAGUAUUGUGAACUGCUGGAUACAGCCAACAACACACCAGACCCAUACCAGAGGAUGGUUUACAUUGCUGCCUUUGCCAUUUCUGGAUACUCCACUGCAACAUUUAGAAACCGCUACAAGCCCUUCAACCCGGUGCUGGGGGAAACAUUCGAGUGUAUCAGAGAGGACCGGGGUUUCCACUUCAUCAGUGAGCAGGUCUGCCACCAUCCACCCAUCUCAGCCUGCCAUGCACACUCAGAAAACUUUUCCUUUUGGCAAGACCAGCGAUGGAAGAAUAAAUUCUGGGGGAAGUCACUGGAAAUUGUGCCAACAGGGAUGGUCAAUGUGACUUUGCCGAGGUAUGGGGAUCAUUAUGAAUGGAAUAAAGUAGUGACCUGCAUCCAUAAUGUGCUCAGCCAGCAGCGGUAUCUGGAGCAUUACGGAGAAGUUAUCAUCCAAAACCUCAACAGUAAUGUCUGCACAUGCAAAAUUACCUUUGUCAAGUCUCGUUAUUGGGGUUCAGAGACAAACAAGAAUGAGGUGCAGGGCACCGUGCUUGACCAAAGUGGCAAAGUUAUUCACCGGUUCGGCGGUCUUUGGCAUGAAGGAAUCUUCUGCGACACUCUGCCGACUCCAAAAUGUAUUUGGAAACCAAAUCCCCAACCUAAGGAUUACUUGCUGUACUAUGGCUUCUCCACAUUUGCCAUGGAGCUGAAUGAACUCACCCCAGACCUGACGCCUUUCCUGCCGCCUACCGACAGCCGUCUGCGUCCAGACCAAAGAAUGUUGGAAGAAGGAAAAGUAGCUGAAUCCGACAAAAAGAAAGAUGAGGUAGAGGAAUGUCAGAGGGAACGGAGAAAAGCGCUUGCCAAAAAGGGUGAAGAGCAUGUUCCACGUUUUUUCAAGAAAGCCAAAGAUUCCUGUGGACGGGAUGUGUGGUUGACAAACGGGACUUACUGGGAGCUUCGGCAGAAUCCAGGUUUUGCUCGCCUUGAAAACAUAAUUUUAUGGUGACUGGAUGAAAUCACAGCACCUUCUGGACAACACCAAAUGAAAGAGGAAGACGGUGUUUUAUGUGUGGGACAGCAUACAUGACCUGCUCUGGGAGAGUAGAGAUGUUGCUGCUCAUCUUGCUUUUUCUGCACACUCAUGACUGGCUCAUGGGAAAACCUCCUUCAUCAUACUUAACCACCAAAUCAUGACUGGUAAAGAAAUGUAGAGGGAACUUUUAAUUUUGUAAUUAAUUUGCUAUUAUUAUUAAGAUUAUUGUUAUUUUUAGAUUACUUCAGUUAACGUAAUCUUUUCUUUGGGGACUUCACAGUAAACUGUGGUUAGUAAGUGGCUGACUAUAUUAAUGCAUUAUGUGUAAACUUUCCAUCAAAUCUCAUCUUUGUUUCAACCAGCUUUCUUUAUUGAGUGAAUGUCUAACUGUACAGCUAAAAAAAGGAACUGGAGUCAGGCCUGGAUUGUUAAGAAACAAAUGAUAAUGUUUCUCUGUGACUAUUUAAAUAGCAGCAUGUUUGCCAAUAUCACUUUAAAAGGAGAUGAUAUAU